AUGAGCCAGGCCUUUGCUUCCAUGCUGGGUGGUGACCAGGUAGAAGCGUUUAGCUCCGGUUCACGACCAUCAGGUAAGAUCAACCCAAAAGCCAUUGCCGCCAUGAAGGAAUUGGGUUAUGACCUUACCACGCAUCAUUCCAAGUCGCUCGAGGAAGUAAAGGCCUACGCACCUUUCGAUGCAGUGGUGACAAUGGGUUGUGGCGAUGCCUGUCCCUGGAUGCCGGCCACACGUUUUAUUGAUUGGCAAAUUCCAGACCCGCGUGAUAUGGACGAAAAUGAAUUCCGUAAG